AUGUCGUCCUUGGCGUUUGUCAGCCCAAUGCAGGCUGCCCAGGCCAGCCGCAGCCUGCGUGCCCCGUCCGCACCGGCGCGUGCUCCUGCCGCUCCGAUGCCGGUCGAGGGCACAGAGGGAGUUAGUGGAGUCGCUCUCUUCGGCACUUGGGCCGUUGCGGGUGCCCUUGCCGCCUUCGGACGUUCCGGCCGCCGCAGCCGCAGCUCCAUGCGGGCUGCCGAGACCGAGACCGAGGAGAAGAAACCCUUCGAUGUGUGGGAGCCUUCCACUUACGGCAACAUCACCAUGGACGACGUGAAGAAGUAUGGCGCAGCAGGGACUCUGUCCUACGUGAUCACCGAGCUCAUCUUUUGGGCGGUGGCCUUCCCGACGGAGAUCUUCGUGUACCUCCAGACAGCCGGGCACUGGCCGGACUUCAGCAAGCCCGAGGAGAGCGCGGCCGUCUUCGGAAUGGUCUUCGCCGCCUCCAACAUCGCGCGCCUGCUGCUUCCCAUCCGCUUUGGGGCGGCGCUGGCCAUGGCUCCUUGGGUGGACGAGAACAUCAUGAAGCGCUUCGGCGGUGACCAGAAGGCCGAACAGGGCUCCUGA